ACUCCUAAUACAGUGAUAGGCAAGGGAAAAUUGAAGAAAAUCCAAUAAAGAUAAACUACUGUGAACAUUGGUAGUAUUAACCACUAGCGGCGCCAUGGCACUCAAUAAGAACAAUUCUGAGUGCGGUGGAGUUAUUAUCAACAACAGUGAAAGCAUUUUGAUGACAUACGACCAUGUGGAGCUGUCCUUCUGUGAAUCUAAAAACAUGCCUGAAGCUUUCAAAGGGACCAUCAAAGGAAUAAUUUACAUGACCCCUUACAGGGUCAUUUUCCAGAGCAAAGGCAAAUACCCCCUACAUUCCUUCAUGAUGCCCUUCUACCUGAUGAAAGGCUGUGAGGUGAAGCAGCCAGUGCUUGGAGUCAAUUACAUCAAAGGGACUGUGAGUGCAGAGCCUACAGGAGGUUGGGAGGGCUCUGUUACCUUUAAAUUAAUCUUCUCAGCAGGGGGUGCUAUUGAGUUUGGACAGUACAUGUUGCAAGUGGCAUCACAAGCUUCCCGGGGCCAGACCCCCUGCGGUGCCUACAUGCCUAAUGAAGCCUAUGCCUACCCUCCACCCGCUGCCAAUGGGUUGUUUGCAGGCCCUCCACCAGACUACCCCUGCCACCCUCCUUCAGCUGGUUUUUACCUUGCACCCCCGCCUAUGGAUGGAACUAUGCCCUACAUUCCCCCACCCCCCUACUCUGAAUCACUGAAACAGCCCCCACUGAAUGAAAACCUCCCCAACACUACAGCAGGACCAGCCUCCUCCAUACUCCCCUCCAAUGGACAAGAAGAAUCAGUAAACCGAAAGGACUGCUGUUCCACCACUCAUUCUAGCAUUUCUUCACCCUCUCCCUAUUGGCUGAGCUUGGCUGAGAGGUAUUCCAUGAAACCCGCAGUCUCUGUUUAGAGGGUCCGUAACAUGUCUGCUGCUGAUAAGAAUGUAGACCACUUGUUUCUAGAUCACUCUAGCAUGGAUUAGUUCAUGGAAAAAUAGAUUUGCUAACAGAACAGAACGUGGCUCUAUUGGAGUAGUAUUCACGGAUAUGUCACAGUUUUAAUUGUUGAAUGAAGUUAAGGUGUGCCGAUACUCAUAUUUUCUGAGUAACUGCCUUAAAUAAGUAUUUGUCAGCAGACUUUAAAUAAAUCCAUUCAUUUAAAGUGUUGAUUUCAAAACAAAAAAAGCUGAAUUUUCAUCACUUUUACAAUUGAGUACCAGCAAAUGGCAAUUCACUUCGGCGUUGAGUGCUUUAAAAGCAGAUUGGAAGCGAAUUUUACUCUCACCCGGGGCGCUGACGUUUUUACUGCCAUGCCGAGGCCAUAAACUCAGAAUUUAAAUAUUAGCAAAUAGAACGUAUUCGUCAUGUAAACAUGACUGUUCUUUAACCCUAACUCAAGGGCUUCCGCUGUGGAAACUGGGAUUUGUAUUUCUUUGUCGAGAUUACAUCUUGCUCAGGACUAUAAUCACACAAUUCAUUAUAGAGAGUAAGCAUUUCUAAGGGAAGUGAAAUAAAAGUGAUUUCAUAUCAAAACGAUUCUAUAUUAAAUAACACUGCCAGAUUGGUAUUGAUUGAAACUCAAUAAUUGUGUAAACAAGGGAAAUCAAAGGAUUGCAUUGUUUUGUUUUGAGAAAUGUGCAUGUUUUAUUCCAUUUAAUUAAUACCCAACCACUUAAAAUUUCUUGAAGGUAAUGACUUCGUAAAUGUGAGCAUUGGGACACCCCUAAAUGAUAUGAUGAAGACAGCACAGCACCUAGUGAGGACCAGACUCCUGGCCUUUUAAUGGUGUGUGAUGGACUGAUUUGUAUUGUACAUUUAACAGAGCUUGCAGUUUAAAAUGGCUAUACAUUGUGUCAACGAUUCCCUUCCUACAGUGUGUAUCCAAAAUGUUAGAAUAUCUCUGUUUUAGGCACUUUUGGGCAGACAGCUACUAUAAGGCUGCUGUUUAUUUAAAGAAAAAGAUCAUUUAUGAAUUAAUGUAUUCAUAUGAAACAUAUG